AUGGCUUCCAUUCCAGUCAUUGUCAAGCAUCAAGGUAAACGCCACGAGGUCGAGCUCGAUCCCUCGUCGAACGGCGAAACCUUCAAGUUCCAGCUGUACUCCCUUACUGGUGUCGAACCUGAAAGGCAGAAGAUCUUGGUCAAAGGAGGCCAGCUUAAGGAUGAUACGCCACUGUCUUCCCUCAACGCCAAGCCGAAUCAAACGUUCAUGAUGAUGGGCACGCCCUCUGGAGAUGGGACUGUUGCAGAUUUGGGGCGUCCUAAGGAAACAAUGAAAUUUUUGGAGGAUAUGACGGAGGCUGAGGCUGCAAGGGCAGAGGGAGCCACUCCUUCCGGUUUGCAGAAUCUUGGAAACACUUGCUACCUGAACUCGACCCUGCAGACUCUGAGAGGUGUCCCCGAGCUUCAGGAUGCACUUCAGAACUAUCAGCCCUCGAGCUCCGGUGGAUCGUCGCGACUUGGUGAUCUCAGCAGCUUUGGUCUGGGCGGUCUGGGCGCCUCUGGGGAUCUCACUGCUUCCCUCCGGGACUUGUUCAAGCAAAUGUCCGAGACGCAAGAGGGAUUCCCGCCGCUUAUGUUCCUCAACUCAUUGAGAACCGCUUUUCCCCAAUUCGCUCAGAAGGACAGGAAUGGACAUGGUUAUGCUCAACAGGAUGCUGAAGAGGCUUGGUCGCAGAUCUUGGCCCAGCUGCGGCAGAAGCUGAUGGUCAAGGAAGGUGAAGGAUCUGAGGCCUCUUUUAUUGACAAGUAUCUCGCUGGACAAUUUGAUUCGGAGACUGAAUGUGAUGAUCCCGCGGCGAAGCAAGUUGGGGAGCAGCCUACAAAGAGCUCGGAUGUCUUCUACAAGCUUGACUGCCAUAUUGGCAAAGAUACUAACCACUUGCAUGAUGGAAUUAUGGAUGGUCUUGAAGAGAAGAUCGAAAAGAACUCGCCAACCCUCGACCGUAAUGCGAUCUAUACGAAGCGAUCGCGCGUUUCCCGACUCCCCAAGUACCUGACGGUGCACUUCGUUCGGUUCUUCUGGAAGCGUGAGACUCAGAAGAAAGCAAAGAUUAUGCGCAAAGUGACAUUCCCCGCUGAACUCGAUGCUGUGGAGUUCUGUACCGAUGAGCUCAAGAAUCAACUUGUGCCUGUCAGAAACAAGUUACGCGAAGUUCGCAAAGAAGAAACGGAUGUGGAGCGUGCGCGGAAGCGCCAGAAGAUUGCCCAUAGAGAUGAAGAAGAGAAGCGGGCAGUGGGAGCAUCCAGCAUGGAGCCCAUGCAGAAAAAGAAGGCAGCGGAAGAAAGCAAGGAAUCCGGAAAGGCAGGUGAGAAGGACACGGAGAUGACAGACGUGUACAAGACGGAUGCAGAGUAUGAAGCAGAAGCGGCCGCAUCUAUUCUUGCUGCUAAGAGGGAACUUGCUGCCCUUGUUGAUCCCAAGGUCGCCGCUGAGUCUGGAACGAACCAGUCCGGUCUUUACGAGCUGCGUGGUGUUAUCACUCACCAAGGUGCCAGUGCCGACAGCGGUCACUACACGGCAUACGUGAAGAAGCAGCAGAGCAAUGGCCGCAGUGAGGACGGAAAGUGGUGGUGGUUUAACGAUGACAAGGUCACUGAAGUUGAGGCUGAAAAGAUCGAAACACUUUCUGGUGGAGGUGAAUCCCACUCUGCGCUUAUUCUUCUUUACCGUGCGGUUGACUUGCCCACUCCUGAAUAA